CACUUCUGUGUAUUUUUGUUUGUUGGCAAUAACUACACAAACGUUUGAAAGUGGAAGCAAGCACGACAAAAGAGAAGGAUGCUGUCGAAGGGCCACCUAUUCUCUGCAGUACUGCUUCUUGUGCUGAAGGGGGCAACAAAAUCGAGAUGCGCUGAAGCACAGAUCAGCUCGGGUUUCAACUUCCUGGUGAUCUAUCCAGAAAACAUAGCCUACUUUUACCCCGAGGAACCUCACAACCAGUUGCACGUCACGGCUUUGCUUGACAACACAGAAGUCACAGUGGUGAUCCGGGAACAAAUCCACACUGAGACUCUGGCCGCCGCUCAAACGCGCCGCUUCUUCAUCUACGGCGACGCCGAGCUCGGCCGCGAGGGUGUCUCAGACAAGGUGCUCCGGGUGAACAGCACCCGCCAGGUCACGGUCCACGCUGUCAGCAUCAAGGCGGGCAGCAUACAAAGUGCUCGGGUUCUCCCCGUGGACAGGUUGGGCACUGAGUACCUCGUCCCGCCAGUUCCCCAAAUCCAGGGCACCACCCAACCCGCCGACAUGGUCAGCCCCAAUGUGACAGAGUACACCCCCUUCAGGCUCAUUGUAGUCAAUGCGGAGAAAGUCAACACAGUCAACCUGGAAGGGGAAGGUAACAAUACCAGAGAAGUGGAGCUGGAGCCUUACCAUGCCACUCAGUUCAGGGUGGAUGGUGACAAAGCCUGGAGGGUGGUGAGGGCAAAGCAUCCAGUGGCGGUUCUCUUCGGGCAUCCGUGUGCUUCCACACUAAAUUGCAGCUGCUCCAUGCUCUACGCUACACUGAGUCCCAAACCGAAUGACAAGAUGACCUUCUUAGUCCCACCGCCGCUGUCCCAAGACUCAGAGGACCAAACUGCUGUACUACUGUCCCAGGACUCCUUGGUGGACUCCUCCUACCCGGGCUGGCCUCUGCUGGAGCUCUCCAGUAUCGCCAUCCUCUACCGGCCUGGCCUGCUACUGCCGCUCAUCCCGCAGUCAGAGUUGGCCUCCUGCUACGUGGUCAACGCCAUACCGGACGUGCAUAAUUUUGCCAUCAUCCUUGUCCACAAGGACCUCACCGCGGGAGUCCGUGUGGGUGGCGCCCCACCAAAGGACCUCACCUGGCGAGCACUCGCGGGGACGAACUACGUCUCCACGGUGGUAAAUUUCAGCCUGGACAACAACAUCAUUUGGCAUACCUCAGACAAGAUGGCCGUCUACUAUAUGGGAGAGAAGGGGAACGCCACUUUUGGGAAUCCGGCACUUGCCGUCAGUCAAAUCUCAGAUUACAGAGGGUGUGUCCUGUCGCCUGAGGUUUUGGAGAUUGGCUCUGAGGCUCUGGCCUGGAAGGAGUCAGUCAAGUUCUGCCGAGAACGGAAUCUCCAUCUGGUCACUUUGUCCUCUUCUGCACUCCUCAAUCAAGUGGAGGCGAAAGUCCGGCAGGAGUCUACUCGGGAUGGCAUCCCGAGGCGGGCUUGGAUUGGUUUGCGUCGCAGCACGUUAACCAACGCCUGGUACUGGAUAAACAGGGCGCCCUUAACAGUUAGCAACUGGCAGGGGGCGAACCCUGAGGGCUCAGAUGGGGGCCAGUGCGGGACCAUCAGUCUGGAGAUGGGUCAGGACUAUGGCUGGAGCCGUGAGAAUUGCUGCCUGGAUGUCCACCCCAUCUGCUACCGAGAACCGCAUCUCUUCCCCAUGCAGUAGAAGUUAACAAAUGAGUCUGGCUAAAAAAUGGGUGUGACAGACUAACCCUCACGCGGUUCCAAAACACUAACACACUCCAAUGCACUACUAAAACACUCCCACUGACACGACUUAAAAGUGUUUCAUUCACCAACGCUAUUGAACUUUCGCACAGACUAUUGAAACUCUUCAACCCACACUACUGAAACACUCUCAUGCACAAUACUGAGAUACGCUCCCAUAAACCACUAAAAAAUUUUGCACACACUGCUGACACAAUCUCAAACACUACUAAAACACUCACAAAGUAGUGAAAUUAUUUCCUACGCACUACACUGAAAUGCUCUCACACACUACUGAAAUGAUCACGUAGGCACUACGGCAACAUUAUCACAUAGCACUAAAAUGCUCUCACACACUCAGUUAUUCACAUAAACUACUUAAACACUCACAAUGCUCUCACACCCAUUAAUGCAACCAUUCUCACACACUGCAGUCAUGAUUUUAGGUUGUUUUUGUGUUUUUCUCUUUUCUAGUCUUUGUUAGUGUGAGGCAUUGGCUACCUAUUGGCUACAUUAGCAUGUCUUUUAGCAUAGUGACCUUGACCAGUCUUUUGUUUCCUUCAU